CUGGUCUCUGCGUCAACAAGUACAAGUAAGUUGUGAUGUAGUCAUGCCAACGUGAUGUUGGUGACGCGGCCACUGAUUGGUUCAUCGCAAUCAUUCAUCAUGUUGUCAUGGCUACGUCACUGGUCGCAGCGACUGAUAUUGGUUGUUUGCAAAGUGUUUUGAAAUGAAAUAAGGAAUUUGUUAUCGUACAAGUUUCUUUUCGUUUUUUUGCACCGACUUCCAUAGAACAUCAUUCUAUUCAGGAAUGUUCUGGGAAGCCAGAACAGGCCAAAAGUCAGGUGGGAUUUUCUGGAUAAACGCCCUAAAGCCAAAAUUGCUAAUCGGUAAAAGGGAUGGGGCUCUUUAACAGGACGUCAUGACGAGGUACCGGUUCAUUCAGAGCCCAGGAGGAGAAUUCAUUAUUGAUUGGAGCAGGAUGAAUCAGCUUCAUGGAUCAUUUCUCUCACUGCAACACUUGGCACCGGUAGCUCAAGUGGAUUAACAUCGUCUCGUCUGAUGACAUCACGUGUGGGUGGCGUGGGAUUAAUACUGUAAAUCAUGCCAACUUUGCUACUUGUGAAAAAUAAAAUGUCUUUCAAUAGACCAAUAAGAGGUAUCAAUCAUCAACAAUUUUUCCAUUGUGAUGAAAGGACUUCUUUCCAAAUAUUAGAUUUAUGAUCAGCAGGAUCUAGACACAAUUCUCCUCAUUGUUCGCGGCUAACGUCAAAGUGAAGGUUAUGGACUGACAUCAGUUUGAUUAUGCAAAAGUAACUGAAGAAGAAGAAGAAGAAGGCACUGACAAGACUGGCAACUGACCAGUCACAGAACUGAUAAGUUUGGCAGUGUGGCGAUCACACCUUCCAUUAGUGAGAUAUAGUCAGACAGGAAAGAUAGAUCACAUUCUCUCACAGACUGGCAAAACAGGACACCAUAUCGGCAAUCAACUGGCCAUCAACUUGCAGACAGCUGUUGCUCAAGUCAUCUGACUAUUGGCAUUCAGAUAGCUUUUAUUGAUGCAAAGUACUUGAUCAAUGUUUGUGACAAAUGGCGCGGUUUAUGUGACGAUUCUCACUUUUGUUGAGAUUUUUGUGUUCGAUUUAGAUUGCAGCCACGAUGACUAGCUUAACAUCGGCGGGAUAUGAACAGGGCUUUGGGAACUACACCAUGCUCGGCAUGGCGGAUACAGACACAACAGUUACGCCUGUUGUGUUCAGUGAAUAUGAUGGUGGAACCAACCCAGGUGACCUUACCACCACAGGAAUACCAAAGCCCCAAGGGAACCCGACCGCCAGAGCUCGAUUCAUUGAAUUUGUGGUAGUAGGCAUAAUACAAACGAUAUUCUGUUGCAUUGGACUGAUACUGAACACACUGUCGUCCAUCGUGUGGUGGAGGGAAGGUGCAAGAAACGUCACCAUUUAUCUCCUAAGGAUCCUAUCGCUUGUCGAUAACUGCUUUCUUCUCAUUGUCUUGCUGUACCAUAGCAUACCGGUUAUUUUCAACUACUUUCAAAUCCUACCAGACCACUUCAAGGCCCUGAUGGCGGCCAUCCCCUAUACUUGGCCGCUUCUAUGGACAACAAAAACUCUUGCUGUUUGGUGUAUUGUCGUCAUGUCCAUAGUGCGCUAUAAUAUUGUCUGCAAACCACUCAACACGUCUGUUCGUUUCUCAAUGCGACGUGUCACACAGUACUUGGUCGGUCUAUUCCUUGUGCUCAUUCUAUGGAACGUGCCUCGCUGGUUUGAAAUUAAAAUUUUGAAAGUGACGAUCACAACCAAUGUGACUCUAACCAAUGAAACACAACUCAAUGAGACACAAUUCAAAGAGAUGCAAACCAACUACACGAUAGAACGCCCGGAAUGGACCGACAUGGCCAAUGAUGCAGUUUAUCAGAUUGUGUACCACUCUAUCCUGACCAUCUUCAUCAUCUACGCCCUCCCAAUGACCAUCAUCUUGUACUGUAGCAUACGCCUCAUCCGUAUCCUAAGAGAGGCCGACAUGUAUCGAAAAAAACUCGUUGUCAACUCGGUGCAGAUAUCUCACAAUGUCACGAAAAUGUUACUAACUGUCAUUGUGUUGUUUGUGAUCUGUGAGACACCAGAAUUUAUCAAUUCCAUGCUUUACUUAAUUGUGACAGUUGAUCCAAAUGGGGCGCUGAGUGCAUUAGAGAAAUCAGAACCUCACCACUUUGAAAUUCUCAGGGCAUUCAGUGAUCUUGCAUUUACUGUCAAUUCAUCUGUUAACUUCUUCAUAUAUUACUUGAUGGCCAGGAAAUUCCGUAAACUUGUGAAAGAAGUGAUAUGCUGUGAGCCUAAGAAUAAUCCUAGACGUACAACAAGCUUUACAACACAGCGUACCAUGAGUGUCUCGUGCAAUAGUAGCGUAGGCAGUUUCAGCAUCGCUGCAGAAAGCCCAAUGCCUCCCAGGAACACAGGGCACUCGUCCACACAAUCGUCCACCGAACAAGUGACCAAACUCGGCAAUGAUAACAGCGACGGCAAUGACGAACGGCAAUACAAAGGGACAAACCAACUCACUAUUCCUAAAGCAAGUCAGCCGAAGAUGUCGCUGACAGCUGGAAACGGAGACGUUCUUCCUCGGCCGCCCUUGACGAGGAAUCAUACGAUAGAUGAAACAGAAAUGGGGGUGCUGAUCAACGAAAACUACACCAACGUCGAAGUCGAAAUGAACACUAAUAGUUUAAGCGAGUGAGACUGUUUUAACAUGUACCUACAGUGGCUGCUUUUACCCUGUUUUUACAGUUUCAUAAAAAAAUAUAACUAUUUUUGACAAUAUAGUCGCAUGUAACAUCUCAUCACUUCACUGUGUACGAUAAGGAAAGGGAGAACAAUGAGGAACAGGCGCGAUUUAUCCGCCGCGUGGCGCUGCAAUCGAUCAUACCAAAACUCUCCAUUUCCAAUGCAUUAUCAUGUUAUUUCUGAGCCCGAAAACGAUCGCUUAUUUUUUCGACCGAUUUCGGCGACGUUUGCAUCUUCCUUUUUGAAAUCUAUUGAGCUAUCAGUUUCUUAAGAUAAUUUUGCGGAAACUAUGCGCGAUGCCAGUUAUUGGGCACGUUUUCUGUUGUUGAAAUCCUGUGCAAAAAUGUACGCAAUGGUUUCCCGUGAUUGACCUCAUGCGACGUCAACAGACCAGAAAAUGACGUCAUGGCGUCAGAAGGUACGAUCGAUUGUGGCGCCGCCACUGGCAUUUAUCUUAACGCCGGUUCCUCAUUAUUAGGAAGAACAGCCAUCCUUAUACGUACACGGAUUAAACUCUGUAGAAAGAAAGAGGACGAACUUUGUGUACAUUUCUAUCCGCAUACUGAAAGGAUCCGUGACAAGUCCUUGAUCUUAACCUCCCUAUUGCUUCGAUACGGACUGAUCCGCAGGAAGGGCAUUGCACACAUGUAAGUCUAUAACUCAUGCAAAAUGACGAAUGCACCAUGUUAAUGACAUUUGACUUCUGGUCUCAUUUUAUUGUUCCCCACAAACAAGCCUCAAUAUCGAAUGGCAUGACAGGAAAGGUUCACAGGGGAGAAGGGGUAAUCUGAUUUUGGUCAUUUGAAUGGUGAAGUUCCCAUCAGGCUAAUGAAAUAGAAACGAGGCCGUAAUUGACUUCUAGUCAAUCAGAUGGAUUCCAGCUAAGAGAAUAAAAUAGAUCAAGUGAUGACAAGUGACGGUUGAAGAGAUCAGCAGAUGUCAAGCACAGAAGUCAACAGGUUUUCUGCUGUUCACAGUGUUAUUACAGAUUUGGCCUCCGGCAAAUAGAUCAAAUAAACAACAUACAACUGCGCAGUAUUUUUUAGAUAAUUGGGAGAUUUGCAAAUUUGCAAAGAGCACAAAUUCUAUUCCGGAGCUGCAUGUCCAGCAGCAUGGACAAAUAAUGGCUAGUCUUUUUCUUGUAAGUGCACAUUACUGUUAAGUGGUGGAAUGGACAACAUCACUUCCAUGCUUUGAAUGUUUAUAUUUAUUCUAACAUGGUCAUCUUGGUUGUGGCGUAGCUGGUAUUUACUUUGCAUCCAUACAUUUUUCUCAAUGCUAAUGUCGUAAAGAUCGUGUAGAGAUGAGUAAUUCGUUUGUCCUUGUCUUGAAACAAAGCAAGAUGACAUCAGUUCGUUGUAAGAUUGAUUUGGCAUGAAACGGAUGCCGUGUACACUUAGAGUUAGAUAUUAUAUAAAAAUAUUAAAUGUGAAUACCUAUGCUGUGUAACUCUCAGGUUACAAACUAUGUGUUUUAAUAUUGUUUACAUGUAACUCUAUAACGAGUUUUAUUGUCCCGGUAAACUAUACACACUACAAAGAUA